AUGCAUUCAAAGACAGAAAGAUUAUUUUUGGUAUUAUGUGUAUUCUUCAUCAAUUGUAGUUCAUUGGCUCAAGGUAUUCGUUGCUGGACAUGCGAAAACGCCAUUUCUAACGAUGAUUGUAUCCUACGAGGACGAUCAGUGAACUGCUAUUCAGAUGGGAUGGGCUGCAGUAGUGAAGUUCGAUACCACGCAGGAUUUGUUUUCAAGAUUCAGAUAAAGAAAGGAUGCAAACAAAUUCUUGCAUGUGGUAGCGACAAAUCUCAGAAUGGCCAUGGAUGGUACCCGGUUCAAUGUAACCCAAAAUAUCCUGAUUCUAUUUGCCGAUGCUGUUGUCAAACAAGGGAUUGCAAUAAGAAUUUAGUCGGAUGUGAACCUCCUCAGCCAGACUGUCGAGAAUUAGUUUCACCCGAAAAUGGCUACAUGAUAUGUAAUAAUGAAGAUUAUCCGACAGCUUUACGAUCGACCUGUACGUUUUUCUGCAACAGAGGUUACGAAAUGAAAGGAGAUCGCAGGACUCAAUGUGUGCUACAUAAACCGGGGAAGGCAAUAUGGACUGCCAGUGAGCCUCGUUGUUACAAUAAACGAUGCAAGCCAAUCUACAAGAACACAGUUAGUAGAAGAGUUGAAUGCACCGACAAAAAUAUCGCCGGUAGUGAAUGCACUUUCACCUGUGCGAAAGGACAUACAAUGAACGGCGAGCCAAAGUCUACAUGUCUUUAUUCAAAAAAUUGGGACUACCCGCCACCAGACUGCGUUAAAAUUAGAUGCCCUCCAGCUAUCAUACCUCCGCAACAUGGCAGUAUCGCUUGUACAGAGGGUCAUGAAUAUGGAAGUAUUUGCAGAUAUAUAUGUGAUACUAAUUACAAGCUUAUUGGAAAUGGGACAAGAGAAUGCGUACUCAGCAACACGCCUUACUCGGCGUUUGGAGAGUGGUCGGGAUCCCUUCCACAGUGCGCUGCAAUUAAAUGUGAACCAAAGCAACUUAAUCCAACUUCGGGAACAGUUGAGUGCACCGAUAUGAACUACAUUGGCAGCAAUUGUAAAUAUGAAUGCAAGAAUGACUAUGUCUUGGAAGGAAUCAAUUCCAAUACCUGCGUUUUAAAUCGAACAAGUGGGGAAGGCAGGUGGACUUCUGAACCACCGUUGUGCACGGCUACACGUUGUCCUACACUCGAUUACAACACAACACGAGGGAAGAUCAUUUGCUCCAACAAAAAUAAUGUGGGAAGCAUGUGCGCACUCUCAUGUAGCGCAGGAUCUUUUAUCCGAGCACCAUCCAGUCCCGAUACAAUGCUAUUCAAUUGGAUCGUCAGUUGUCUUCAUGGUGGAGUUUGGUCUCAGGAACCUGCAGAAUGUGCUCCUAUCACCUGCUCCCCAGACGUGACUGCAAACAAAAUCCCGAACGGCAUUGUGUUAUGUAGCGACAAAAACAAUUAUCAAUCAGAAUGUCUAUUCUCGUGCAAUGAAGGCUUUGAACUGGUAGGACAAAAACGAAUCACUUGCAGAGCUGCAUCGGGGAUAGGGACUUCCGGAGAAUGGGAUAACAAACCUCCAACUUGUAAAAUUAUUGGAUGCCCAGCAAUUCCAAAAUCAAGAAAUGGUAUCAGGGUAAGCUGCACCGAAAGAUAUGAAGAAGGAAGCACAUGCUCUUUCUCCUGUAGAGGAGGAUACUUCUUGUCCUUGGAAGGUUCUACCCCACAUACGAACGGGAAACAUUCUAUUGAAUGCUUAGAAGGGAACGUUUGGUCGGGACCAAUUGCAGAAUGUCUUCAAUUACGUUGUUUGCCAACAUUAGGUGCUGUACCGAAUGUAAUAGCAAAAUGCUCAAACGGAAACAAAUUCAAAUCAAGGUGCACUUUCUCUUGUAAUGUUGCCUACGGAUUGGAAGGAAGACCAGUUAGCGUUUGUGGAGAAAAUUCUCUUCUUUACGGCGAAGGAAAAUGGUCAGCAACAAAACCUUCUUGUAUACGUAAUGGUUGCGCACCAAGAUUUGCAUCUCCUAAAAAUGGUAAAAUGUCCUGCACAAAUAAAAACCUUUUCAACAGUGCAUGUACCUUUUCGUGUAGACCCGGUAGCUAUAUGAAAUCACACGACAACUAUUUGAUUGAGUCAAAUAGCCUUACAAUACGUUGCUCCACAGAAGGGGAUUGGUCACAAAUUCCACCAACAUGUCAUCAAAUAAUCUGUAAACCAAGAAACAAUGAAGUAGUCUCGAAGGGAAAUGUGACUUGCUCUAAUGGAAAUAAUUACAAAUCUAAAUGCACAUACACAUGCAACGAAGGAUAUGAAGUAAACGGAGAAACCGAUACAGCGGUGUGUACCGAUAAACUAACAUCAAGUGCUUUCGGAUUGUGGUCAAAUGAAAACAUCAAAUGUCGACGUGCUUCAUGUAUCGUACGACUGAAACCUCCUAAUGGCGGAAAAGUUGGCUGUUCCGCAGGGGAUGGAGUUGGAAGUGAAUGUUUAUAUUUUUGCUAUAAGGAUUUUAUAUGAAUGCAACCGGGAAAAUUAUACGUGACAACAAAUUCGAAGUGAAGUGCUUGAAAAAUAAACAAUGGACCGCUCCGGCGCCACAAUGCAUACCCAUCACGUGUCCUAUAAGAAACAUUCCCAACGGGGAUACAUCUUGCACAAACGAGAAUUUACAUAUGUCGACGUGCAGACAUUACUGCUGCCAGGAUACCAAUUA